UUUGACAUUUUGUGCAUAAAAAAUGUAAACAAAACGUUUCAUUUGUUUAGUUGAUUUGUUAUUUGCAAAUUUUUUGUUAAAAAAUAACAUGUUUUCUGAACAAAAUCUACACAAAUUUGGCACCUCAUUGCCUCUACUGGAAUUGGAUCAGGUGCCCUCCAAGAAACCUUUAUAUGUUCAAGAUCAAAUUGCCACCGAUGAACAGGGACGUCGACGUUUUCAUGGUGCCUUUACAGGAGGCUUUAGUGCCGGCUAUUGGAAUACGGUGGGUUCCAAAGAGGGAUGGACACCUCAAUCGUUUAAAAGUUCACGCUCUGAAAAGGCCUCGGAAAAGUUACAACAAAGACCGGAAGAUUUUAUGGAUGAUGAGGAUCGUGGUGAAUUUGGUAUAGCUCCAAAAAGUAUAAAAAUCAAUGAAGAUUUUACUAGUGCACCGGAGCAAUCAACGGAAAAAAGAAAACGUAAGUUUUUGCAAAAUGAUUUGCAGCCCAUACCCGGCGAGCCGGUAUUGCAGCAGCUGAUUAAACCCAUUAAAGACAAGGCGGCAGUUCGCAUAUUAAAAACCUGGGGUUGGCGUCCGGGACAAGGUAUAGGUCCUCGUCAAACCAGGAAAGAAAAAAAGAAAGCAAGGGAACGAAAUAAAAAGGAAUUGUAUCUAAUGGAGAAAUAUGGCUGCGAAAUGCCCUCUACCAGCAACAAAAACUCCUUAAACACAGAUGACGAGGAGGAAGAUGAUGAGGAAGACUCCGAAGAAGAGGAAGAUGAGAUAACUUUUGCUCCCGCAGACUGUGAAUUGCCUCCCUGUCAAAUUAAACAAGACAGAUAUGGCAUAGGUUAUGAACCCUUGAGCAGGCAAUCGGUUUUGGGCGGCAACUUAAUGCAAAAACCCACGGAGCAUAUUAAUCUUUUCCAAGCCUUAGAGACAGUGGGUAAAAACAAUCAAAAAAUUUCCUUCACCGGACAGGCUUUUGGUGUAGGAGCUUUAGAGGAAGAUGAUGAUGAAGAUGUCUAUGCUUUAGAUGAUAUGACACGUUAUGAUUUUAGCCUAGAAGACAAAAAAACCAAGAAAAUUAAGAAAAAAUCUAAUGAUAUAGAAGAUUUAGUUUUUGGUGAAUUCAUGCUGGAUAGAAAUCCUGCUAAAUUGCCGGUCUACAAAGUAGAAAUACCUUUUGGUUGGCAUCCUCGCAAUUGGUAUGAAAAACGUUCUCGGUUUGAGCCAUUAGAUCCUAGAAAACAAAAACAUUUAGAUAAAAUAUUUACCAACCACUCCCAGGAGCAAAAUAUGACACGAGAAAAGAGAGCCGAACUUUUGGAUGAGGAAUUAAGGAAGACACAACCAACAGCUUCAGCCGAAAAACCCCGAGAUAUAAAGCAGAGAACUGUAGAAGAACUGCAGCAAGAGUAUAAAGAAAGAAAGGAGAAAACUAAAAGUCUUUUGGAGAAAAUUACCGCCAAAUCUUCUAGCUUUACUAAAGGCGGUAUUAUAUCAAUUGAAGGCGAAGAGAAACCUUUGUCCGCGGAAGACAUAAGUUCUGCCUUUAAGCCUUUUGCCACAGAUGAAAGGAAACAGAAACGUUAUGAAAUGUUUUUGUCCAAAGAAUUCAAAAAUGAGGCAGAAAUUGAGGAGUUUUUGAAAACCAUCCAACCGGUGGAACUGUCCUUGUGGGAUAGACAAAUGGAGCUGAAAGAAUUUCAACAGGCGAAAAAGUUGUAUAGACCUCUAAAGGGCAUAAUGUCGGAUAGAUUCAUUACAGAAUCCGAAAUCAAGGCCGUUGAGAGCGAAACCAAAAAGGUGGAUAACAAACAGAUCGUAGUAGAACGUACUAAACAGAUGUGGAAGCCUCAUAGUUUGCUGUGCAAACGUUACAAUAUAGCUGAACCUUUCAAAGGAUUAAUGGAAGAUGAUAAAAAAUCCAAAUCGAAACAAAAGAAAUUAUCGGUUUUCGAUUAUUUGGAAACAUCUAUCAACAAAAAAGAAGAUUUCCAAACGCCCGUAAUAAUACCAAAACAUAUAGGAAAACCUCAAGAAAUCAUCAAGCAGACAAAUGCAAAUGAGCAACAAACAACAUCUACUAACAGCAAACAAGUAGAGGAUAUACCUAAGGAAUCUGCUGCUUUAGAAUGGCAGGAAGUUUUAAAUCCUUCAGAUAAAACUUCUAAGGAAAAGCAAACCUUUACUUUCAAACCUAAAACGGAAUUAGAAAAACAAGUGGUAGAAAGUAUAAACAAACCGGUAGCAGAGAAAAAGGAAUUAUUUAAGUCCAUAUUCUCGGACAGUGAAAGUGAGGAGGAAGAAGAGGAAGGCAAUAAAAUGGAUUCAUUAACACAGCUAAGUAAACCACUAAAUGCGGCUGCCGCCAAUUUGUUACGGAAUAAUUCUCCCCCAAGAGGUAUAUUUAAAGCUUUAUUUAGCUCUAAUAACAAAGAAACUGAAAAGGAGCCAGAAAAGGAAAAGGAUAAGGAACCAGAAAGUAACCAAGAUAAACUACCUAAAGCUGCAACUAAUCUGCCGCCGGAAAAUGCUAAAGUUUUAUUUAAACCCAAAUCUGCCAGAGAACCUAAAGAAUUGCAAACUCUUGAAGUAGUAACCAAUAUCUAUGGUCCCGCAUUACCUAAAACUUUAACCACAAACAAACCCUUAGAAAAUACGAAUCCCCUUAAAUCCUCUAUAGAUGACAAACUUUUAGAAUUGUAUCAGAAACACAAACCUAAACUGCAAGUGACUGAAAAAUGGAUAGAGAAGGAUUCAAAACAUGAUUCUACGGAUACAGACGACAGUUCGGAGGAUUCGGAUUCUUCCUCAACAAGUGCGGAGGAAUCGGUUAGAAAGAAAAAGAAAUUAAAGAAAUCGAAGAAGAAAAAAUCUUCGGAUCAUAAACAUAAAAAACAUAAGGAUAAUAAAUUGGAAAAGUCAAGAAAGCAUGAUAAAAAGAAGAAGAAACAUAAAAAGAAAUAAAGGAAGAUGUGUGAA